UCUCUCUCUCUCUAUCUCUCUCUCACUCGUGUAUAUAAGAGCACCAACUCAACCAUGACCAUACCUCCAAAGUUCAAAGUCCUCAGUUCAAACUCAAAGUCUUACUAGCUAGCUAUUCUUACCUUUUUUUUUAUAUUUGCCAAAAAAGCAAUAUGGUUGUACCUUCUCCGACCCCAAUAAGAACUAAGAAAACAAAGGCAGUAGGGAUUCCAACCAUUGAUCUUUCUUUGAAUAGGUCAAUGUUAUCUAAGUUAAUAGUGAAAGCCUGUGAAGAAUAUGGUUUCUUCAAAGUUGUUAACCAUGGUGUGUCAAAGGAGAUAAUAGCAAGGAUGGAAGAGGAAGGGUCUGAGUUUUUUGGCAGAACAACCACAGAGAAGCAACGAGCUGGGCCAGCUAGUCCUUUUGGUUAUGGCUGCAAAAGCAUUGGCCCCAAUGGCGAUAUGGGUGAGCUCGAAUACCUUCUCCUUCACACAAACUCUCUGUCCAUUUCUGAAAGAUCACAAGCUAUCUCCAAUGACCCUACAAAAUUCAGUUGUGUUGUGAAUGAUUACAUACAAGCGGUUAAGGAAGUAGCGUGUGAGAUUCUUGAUCUUGUGGCUGAAGGCCUAUGGGUCCAAGACAAGUGCAUCCUCAGUAAGCUCAUCAGAGACGUUCAUAGUGACUCACUUCUUAGGCUCAAUCACUAUCCUCAAGUGAAAGACAUCAAUGAUUGGGACCCAACACCCAAACUUUUUCAGCAUCAGUGUACAAAUAAUAGGAUAGGAUUUGGUGAACAUUCUGACCCUCAGAUCUUGACCAUCUUGCAAUCAAACGACGUAGGGGGGCUUCAAGUAUCUUUGCAUGAUGGGUUGUGGGUCCCAGUUCCUCCUGACCCCACUGAAUUCUAUGUGAUCGUCGGUGAUGCCUUACAGGUUUUGACAAAUGGGAGGUUUGUGAGCGCAAGACAUAGAGCAUUGGCAAACUCAAUGAAGCCAAGAAUGUCCAUGGUGUACUUUGGGGCUCCACCCCUUAACUCAUGGAUCUAUCCUCUCCCAGAGUUUGUCUCACCUCAGAAACCAAGUCUCUAUAAGCCCUUCACUUGGGACCAAUACAAGAAAGCUGCUUACUCUCUCCGAUUGGGAGAUUCUCGUCUCGACCUUUUCAAGAUUCAUAAUAAUAUUGGUGAUAAAACUCACUGAUCGAAUUGGAACUAAUACAUUCUUGUACCAUUGAUCAUAGGACAGAGAAUUAGGAACCAAAAAAGGAAAAAAAAAAAAAAGGUUGUAUUAUAGGUCACGUUUGAAGCUAAAUAAUGACCCUACUUCAAUCAUGUGGGGGAUUUUUUUUUUUUUUUUUUUUGCUUCAAGCACUUUCCUAUUAUUAAUUUUAUUUUAAUUAUUGUAUCGAUUGGUUUGAAUGUU